AUGUUCGCGAAAGAUGCAUUAUGCCUUAAUUUCAGAACAGAACCCUGGUGGUUUCGCUUAAUUAGAAGAAUAUUCGCCAUAACUUUAUUGAUAGUAGUAGGUGCGUACGGAAGUUAUCAGCUUACGAAUUUUACAAUGUUCAUUAAUACGGCGAACAUAGUCGUGAUAGAACCCAAGACGAAUGUUUCUUUCCCAGGAUUCGUCAUAUGCCCCGAAUCUAACAUCCCAACGUUUCUAGAACCAACGGUAGAAGCAACCGAACCACCAUUUUCCAUCACUUGCGGUAAAUCCAAAGAUAUAGAACCAAAAUUAUUAAAUGAGAAUGUAGACUUUACGGAUUCAAUAUGCAAUAAAUUUAUUCAGAAAAGUAGUAAUGGAUGUUUUAAAUUUCGACCUGAUAAAGCAGAAAAUAACAAUGAUGAACGUGAAGAAUACGCGGAUAGUAUAUUAAGGGAAAGGGAAACGAUCAAGCCCUUUGUUUUUUUUAAUAUCAUACCAAAUGAUGGAUUAACACCUAUUGAGAUACCAUUAUUUUAUACGAUAUAUUUGGAUCAAUAUAAUGGUACCGAGAAAAAUUAUUCGGCGGAAAAAGAUAGUGGUAAUUUUUUUCAAUAUCACAUGCAAACCAUAGCCACGGGCAAAAGGACGAUAAUAGAAUUUUCCAUACUAGUUCACCGGUACUUUAGUACAAUUUUAAUGGGUCAAUUGAGUUCACGACCGGAUAAUACUUCAGUUGAGGUUUCGGUUAACCAAAAAUCCAUACCAUUAAGACGACCUACUUCUAAUGGUCUGCCGAAAACUCAAUUUGUAUUCAUUCCAGAGAAACGCUAUACCCGUGAAGAAAUGGAAGAUUACCAAUACCAGCCCAUUUCCAUAGUAUCAAGGCUUGGUGGGUUUUAUGGGGCCAUCACGGGCAUUUACAUCUUUUUAUUUGGAAUGUCAAAAGUGGAACCUUGGGGAAUGUUCCAAAAGGUGGUGUUUAGAUGUUGGCCGUGUCGCAGAAGUUUCAAAAAACAUUUAGCCGCGAGUUAUGUGUCCGCCGCUGGUAUACCACUUGGAGAGAAUAUAAAUGAUCGACCUAAGGGAACAAGUUUAGGUGAUCGAUUACAAGUUCUCGAAUGCUUGCUAAAAGACUAUUAUAUCGAUCCCUAUUACCUUGAAAUAUUAAAGUUAACAAAGAUACGUUAUGAUCAUAACGAUGCACGUCACAACGAAUUAGAAAAUAUAGUUCAGGUGAGAGACGCAAUCGCAAGAAAUCGACAAAAUGAACAUUACAAGCGAUGCGUUAGACGUUGGAGCAGUUUGCCGAGGGUUUUUAACUUUGGAUUACAACAUUAUAAUGAAAGGUCUGAUUCUUCCUUGACGGCUACUUCUCCGAGAAAGAAAUUUCAUCGGAGUGGGAUUGGUUUUCUGAACCAAGGUGUUUCUAAUAUUACUUUGGAUGAACAAUUGACUCCAUUACGUGAUCAAUUUAGCGAGGAUUCUGAUGAUACUUUCGAAAUAAUAACCGAAAAAUGA